GCAAAGACAGGUGCCAGAACCUUCGAACGUCUGUCUCUCUUUUCACUGAAUGCUGCUUCUGCUCCCGGAAGAGAUGAAGGGAGCUGAGGGGCUCAAAAGGGUUGCUUGAGCUCGUCGUACUCGCGAUCGUGUCCUGUUCUGUUUGGUUACCAGUGAAGUAGGGGACGCCUUCAAGCAAGGUCCUAGUGUUGCGUUGGGCCAGUGAUUGGCGCGCUGCUUGGUAUAUGAAUCUACUCACUCAGGCUGUAGUCACCGAGCCACCUUUGGUUAAGCUGAGAGUUCAUCAUGGGCGGUUCAUCUGAAUCAGAGGACUUCCUGAAGGACUACUGGAUACCUGAUUAUGUGCUUGGACUGGCAGGACCAGUUGCCGAGAAUGGAUCCCAUUUGCCUGCCUGUCCGGUGAUUGUGUUUAUUAACUCAAAAAGCGGUGGACAGCUAGGUGGAGAUCUUCUUGCUAGUUGCCGAUCCCUUCUUAAUAAGAAUCAGGUUUUCGAUUUGGGGGAAAGGGCUCCUGAUGAGGUGUUACAGCAUCUAUACUUGACUCUGGAGAGGCUAAAGCAUGACGGAGAUGCCUUGGCGGGUGAAAUCCAGAGGAGACUGAGAAUUAUCGUUGCAGGUGGGGAUGGUACAGCGAACUGGCUUCUUGGAGUGGUUUCUGAUCUCAGACUUCCUCAGCCACCUCCGAUUGCCACCGUGCCUUUGGGAACUGGAAAUAACCUUCCGUUUUCAUUUGGAUGGGGGAAGAAAAACCAAGCCACCAAUAAGCAAUCCGCGAUGUCAUUCUUGAAUCAAGUGAAAACUGCAAAGAAGAUGAAACUUGAUGGCUGGCGAAUCAUUAUGAGAAUGAAAACCCCUGAACAAGGUUCUUAUGACCCCAUUGCGCCAGGUGAAAAGAUCAGUUCAUUGCACGCAUUCAAGAGGGUCCCCGACGCAGAUAAGUUAAACAUGGACGGAUUCCACACAUUUCAAGGCAGAUUUUGGAACUACUUUACCAUAGGAAUGGAUGCUCAAGUGUCAUAUGCAUUUCACUCGAAGCGAGAACUUCAUCCAGAAAAGUACAAGAAGCAAUUGGUUAAUCAAAGUACUUACUUGAAGCUUGGAUGUACUCAAGGAUGGUUUUGCGCUUCCAUUUUCCAUCCUUCGUCACAGAACAUAGCGAAGCUGGCAAAAGUCAGGAUACUGAGAAGAAAUGGCCUCUGGGAGUAUCUGCACAUCCCUCAGAGCAUCAGGUCCAUUGUUUGUCUCAACCUGCCGAGUUUUUCUGGCGGGCUCAAUCCGUGGGGAACACCGGACCCCAAGAAAUCGCGUGAGAGGGACUUGACUCCUCCAUUUGUUGAUGAUGGCCUUAUCGAGAUUGUCGGUUUUAGAGAUGCUUGGCAUGGGCUUAUAUUGCUUGCUCCAAAAGGACAUGGGACUCGUCUUGCCCAGACGAGUAGAGUUCAGUUCGAGGUCAGAAAGGGCGCGAGAGAUCAUACAUACAUGAGGAUCGAUGGGGAACCAUGGAAACAGCCCCUGCCCGUGGACCAUGAUAUUGUUAUCGUGGACAUUUCCCAUUGUGGACAAGUGAAGAUGCUAGCUACCCACCUCUCCCAUUGCGAGAGUGCAUCUGACCCUUCUUCACCCAUCACCUACCCUGAUGAAGACGACCACGAGAAACAGCAAAUCUAGCAUACAGAGGGACGAUUUAGGGAGACCUCUUCAUCAAGCCGUGCAGCGACAAGGCAUAUUUCCACCUGUUCUUGCUGGAAAAUUUUACAGUUUUCUGCAUGAUGUGAUCUAUUUAUCAAUUUGAUGCUGUAAAGUGAUCCUAGCUAGUUGAGUGUCUGUUAUUGGCGAAGAUUGGACAAGCUGACUCCGUGAUCGUUGCUAUUGCUGGCACGAUGGCAAGGUUAGCUUAGCUUGCCCACGAUUGUAGAAACCGUCCCGUACCAAUAUGCUAAAUGUAGAUUGCUUGAUUAGGUUACCCCAA